AUCAUGUACCUACCUUGUGUCCUCCUAGGAUCGGCGACAUAGCAUGAAAAAGGACGGAGGGUGGUCCUGGGUGGCCUGUCUCUGCGCCUUUACUGACCAGCUCUUCAUCUUUGGCACCCUCAACGUCUACUCACUUUUCUUGGUCAAGUUUCAGGCAGAGUUUGAUUGCAGCACUGGAGAAGGAGCGUGGCUCGGGUCUAUGACGAUGGGUCUGAUGAAGCUGUUCGGACCUCUCAGCAGUUCCCUCAUCAUGCGGCUGGGGAACCGCUGUGUCAUGAUGCUGGGCGCUUUCUUGUGUGGAGCAGCUAUCUUGGGCUCCUCCUUCGCUCCAGACUUCCUGUAAGCCACUCAUACACUUAUUGUCCUGAGGUUUUUUUACUCGAUCUUUGAUUUUUACCUUCCGGAUUUCCGAAUAACUGUUUCUAAAUUAACUUUCCUGAAUUUUGAAUACAACUUUUGCCAGUUUAGAAUUUUGAAUUUUUCAUAAUAUAUAUUUCGUAUGUGAUUCUGUUAUACAAAUGGUUCUCGUAACCAAACUGCU